GAAUUGGACUUUUAUUUUUGUUGAAAGGUAUUUAUUUGUAAGACAUAAGGCGGCGUAUUCUGAACUCUACUUCGAUAGAGAGAGCGAGCAGGCAAGAAGGAAACAGAGAAUUGGCGAUGUCGAUGGCGAGUGAUCUGGAUCUGGAAGGCGUCAAGCAGGCGUAUUCGGUAUGGGCGCUGCCACCAGUAGAAGUGGAGGUUCGAUUAAAGAAUCUUAUGGAGAACCUUCGCGCGGAGUUCGGCGGUCCUGAGCUCGAGCCACAUGUAACCGUCGUCAAGUCCGCCACCUUGACGGAGAAGGCUGCGCGGGAGAAGUUCGCUGCCGUCUGUAAGGAUCUCAACUCUUAUAAUCUCGUCGUCGAGAAAGUCGAUACUGGAACUUGCGUUUUCCUUCUUCUUCGUUCAGAUCCUCAGGUGAUGGAAAUUAGCCAUGCUCAUUUUGGCCACAAUACAUCUUUUAAGCCACAUAUGAGUCUCAUCUAUGGAGACCUAACAGAUGAGGAAAUGAAGAAAGCUGAAGAAAAAGUGUUCAUUCUUGAGAAGAGCAUAUGCAGUCUUGCUUUCCAGGUAAGCCGUCUUGCCUUGUAUGAAACUCCUGAAGAUAAAACCCUAAAAUCCUGGAAGAAGGUCACUGAGUGCUAUCUUCAUUCUGCAUAA